AUUUUUUUUAAAGAAAUGUAAAGUAGAAUGGCCAAGAGACUACAAAAGGAUUUAGAGUAGAUGCAAAAGUCUUAUACAGAUUAAUUUAAUGUGAGAAUGCCAAAUAAUGAUAUUAAACAUUGGAUUGUAGCAUUUGAAGGUGCAAAAGGAACAUUAUAUUAAGGAGAGAAAUUCGAGUAAAUAAUUUAAAUAUAUUAGAUUGCAAUUCAAGUUUUCAAAUGAUUAUGUAGAAAUACUUAUACUUAUUUAGCUCUUUUUUUCUUUGAAAUUAGCCAAUCGAAUCUCCUGAAGUAAUAUUAUUUUCAUAAAUUAGGUAAUCUUUAUUGGUAAACCCC